AAAUUGUCCCGAAAAGGGACAUUUCAAGCACCGUUUUAUAUCUAGGGUUCGGUAAUUCCAAAUCCUAAACAAAAUAAAAGUUGCCUUAAAUGAUAGAGUUGAAAUGAUGAUCUUGAAUGCAGAAUGCAAAUAAAAGCUAUUGUCAAUCUGUGAGGUAGAAGACGUGAUUAUCAUGAUAACAAUUCAACCGCUUUUAGGGGGCCUUCGUGCCCCUUACGGCCCUAGUCCCUGCUCCCUUAUCCUCUUUAAUUUUGUCACGUCCUUUCACUCUUCCUUCAUCCCGUUUACAUUUACAUUUUCUUGGAACAUAUUACGGAAGUUAAGUAUAUUCCAAGUGAUAUGUUCCAUAGGUUACGGAUGAACAUUUUGGUUCAUAAUAAUUGCUGUAGAGACAGUGAUCUAUAGGAUCAUCGCUAUUUCUGCAUUACUUGAGAGAGUAUGCACUCGACUAUAUUUUUUCCUCUGCCACAUUUGAUUUGUUAUACCGGUUCCCGCAAAGGGUGUUAGCGCUCUUGAUAAGCCAUACAGAAAUGUUUGUUCUUUGUCCUGUAUCUUCGAAGGACUUAUGUGGGUUAUACUUUCGCCAAGGAAAGCACAUAAAAUAUAACUGAUAAAUAUUACCACCAAGGACUAGAUUUUGAUAAAACAAUAUUUUGUAUACAUCAUGAUGUCGGAGAAUAAUUUCUACUUAUCCGUUUUCCUGGUAUACAUGGUUGUAAUCAUGGUGAUGGUCUCACCGAACCGGGGGAUUCGGGAUAACCACACUCACCACAACCUCACAACCGUAGGAAGCCGCGCCAGAAGUGCUGCUUGUUCUGUUGAUUUCCUGGAUAAAGUGGCCGAUUGCUCACAGAGGCAGUUGAAAGAUGUUCCCAGUGAUCUUAUUCAGGAUCUCAGUUCACUGGACCUUACAUCAAACUUGAUUCAACGACUCUUGAACACGUCAUUCGUCCGGUACUCUCUUUUAGAGGUACUCAAUCUGUCUAACAAUCUCAUCAACUUCAUAGAUAUAGGCACUUUCUAUCCCCUAGCACAACUAACCAGCUUGAUACUUGACAGCAACCCCAUUUAUAACCUUAACGGCAGUGAUCUUUUUCAGAAAUCAGGUAGGUUGUCUAGUCUGUCCAUUCAGUAUUGCAACUUAACUUGUUUUCCGAAUGACACCCUCGGAUUCUUACCUCAGCUCAAAAGCCUUAACUUAUACGACAAUGAACUGACAUAUAUCAAUAUUUCGAUGUGCCCCGAAAGAAAAUUAAACAAUAUAGUCCUCAGUGAUAACCCACUACAAGAAAUAUCAGCCGAUAGUCUAAGCAUUUUGUGUAAGACGGACAAACUUUUUCUAGGUGAGACUAGUUACAAGAAAAUUGAAGCUGAUGCUAUUGCCAAUUUGCCAAUUCGUUCUUUGGUAUUUGGAUUCCUGCAACACCGUCCUGCUCUGUCAUUUGAAGUUUGGAAGAAUUUGCUCAUAGGUAUAGCUCUAUCAGAGAUAGACGAACUGAGCCUUGUGUUGGCAAUAAUGUUCAGCGAUCUGCCCCGUGACUUCUUUGAUCCACUAUGGGGCAAAAGCCUUUACCUGAUAUUGCAGCAGAACGCGUUUAAGUUACACCCAGACAUUUUCGCCAGUCUGAACUCUGUUUACAAGAUGGAUCUCAUUACAUUUGACAUAGGAGUUCUUGAACCUUCUUUCUUUAAUGGUAUGAGAGAACUUCGCAGCCUUAGAGCUAUUGGCACUAUGAUACAACAUGUUAAUCCUGCGGGGGCAUCUUGGCAGGUUGAUCUUCUGGAAUUAAAUCUAUCGGAGAACAAUAUUGAGAAUCUAAAUCCACUGGCCUUCAAGGGUCUGAAUAAUCUUACCUUAUUGGACCUUACUCUGAAUGCGAUGUUAUUCAAUGUGCCUUCAGCACAUCUAUCUGGACAAUUACAAACGUUGAAUAUAUCCCGUACGCGUGUUUCCGAAAUGCGCCUCCGUACCCCACUUCUCACAAUAUUUGUAUAUAACUUUAGAGCAUAUGACUGGUGGCGCUCUUUAUCUGUUUUCAUUCCAGGUCAAACAUUCCAGUAUACACCAUCUCUAAAUCGAAUCGAUUUAACUUCUUCAUAUGUUGUUAUGCGGGAACUUUGGGAUUCAUCUCAGAAAAUAUCCCUGUUUAAGGGACUUCACAACUUAACGCAUCUGGAACUCAAACAAAAUCGCCUCCUUAGGUUACCGGCAGGGGUUUUUGACGACCUUCUCGCGUUACAAAUUCUGGAUUUGACGAACUGCCAAGUUUUUGCAAUCGAAUCGGGGACCUUUGAUUCUCUGGCCUCAUUGACAACCCUGUUUUUACAAGAUAACAAUUUACAAAUACUUCCCAUGCACAUCUUGGAUAACCUGAUCAAAUUGAAUAUCUUUUCAAUAAAAGAAAAUGCAUUGUUUUACAUUGAUAAAAGUUUGUUUGAUGAAACGUUGAUAACUUCAUUAGAUCUUUCGAUAAAUCAACUAACUACUUUCAACGAGACAACAUUUUCCCGAAUCUCAAACACACUAUCUUCAAUUGAUCUGUCGCAAAAUCCAAUUGAAUGCUCUUGUAGCUCAAAAUGGUUAAACAAGUUUCUGAGUGGAACUAUAGAAGUUCAAAACGCAAACCAAACAACAUGCUCCUUUGCAUCUCAGAAACCUUUCAAGGGAAAGGAAGUUUUGUCCAUCCAUCCAGACGAUCUCUGCUCACAGAAGUUUGUCGUCUUUGUUCUUGCAAUUUUCUCUGUAUUAAGUUUCACUAUCAUUAUAGUCAUAACGUAUCACUUCAGAUGGAGUAUUAAGUACAAUCUCUUCCUGCUAAGACUUGCUGUUUUGGGUUAUGUAGAAAUCUUGGACGAAUAUGAACGAGAGGAUUACGAUUUCGACAUCCAUGUCAUAUCGACAGACGAUGAUUUCAAAUGGAUACAAGAUCACUUGAAACCAACACUUCAAGUGAUCCUUCCGUACUACGAGAGAAGAAGAAUAGUCUUCACUGAAGAUGAUCUUCCCAUUGGAAGACAUCGCUUAGAAGCCAUUGACGGUGUCCUGACUAGAAGCUUCAAGGUCCUUGUGUUGAUGAGCAAAUCUGCCAUUGCUGAUGACUGGUUCCUGACAUGUUUCCGUAUGGCAAUAGAUCAAGUGGACGAUUCAAAGACAGAGAAUAUUGUUCUGGUGUUCCUGGAGAAUAUUAAGGAGGAUGAGAUGCCAUUCCUUGUAAGGUUGUACAUGGGAGGUCAAGGUCCGUAUCUACAGUGGGUUGAUAAUGACGAAGAGGGGCAGGAAUACUUCAGGAAAAGUUUGCUUAAAUGCAUUUCUGUAAACCGGAAGCGAAACCGUUACAUACCGCCAGAAUAAGGAUUUAUUUUAUUGUCUCGGGUUUUUUUUUUCCUUCUUUCUUUUUUUGCACAUUUAUAGUUAUUUUAAAAUUCCCAGUCCAUCAGAGACUUUCCAACUUACACAUUUAUUAGUGGACAGCUAUGUAAGAAGGCCUAUGUCAUGGGCAUGAUAGUCUGAUGACAAAAUCGGUGGAGUGAAAACCCUCAGCAUGACCAAACCUAGACGGACACACGGAUAUUUGCUACCUCAUCCAUGAACUCUCACUCAUAGGAGCGAGGGUGUUUUAAACGGUUACACUUCGUAAUUCCGAAGGUUCGUAAUUCCGAAACA